AGAGCUUUAGGUUCACGCAGGGGCAUAGGGGAUAACUGGGAUAACUGGGAUAGGUGUCUCGGCAUCUGAGAGCACCGACGGCGCACUACCAAAUCGUCGAAUCGAACCUUUCACUUGCACGAUUUGUUUCAGAACUUCGAAUCCUACCUACCCUCUUUUGACAUAUUUGCUAGAUCUUUUUUAUAUGUGUUGAUUCUUUUUUUCUCCCUUUGCUUUUACUAGUGUCUUCAUGUCCUUCCUUGCUCCUGGCCUUGAUCCUUGUAUCUUUCGCUGCCGAUCCUAUCGCUCUCUUGAUCGUUAAAUGAUUCUGUCCUACGUAACCAUUCUCCUGGAAUCGCUUUCGCAUAUAGUGCGCUUCGCCCACUCGACGACGAUAUGACCCAGCAAGAGCCACCUCCAGUGUAUACGGCGACGGCCGAACCCCAAGCAGAAUAUGAGGCUCCGAGACGGAGGCUUUCCGAGCUGUCCGUACCAGAAGAUAAUAUGGCCAGUUCGUCCAUGUCAUGGGGAAGCAUACCAAGUCUCAGGCCAAAAGGGGGGUCCUGGAAUAUGGCAAGGAGGACUCUGGGCAUAAGUCUCUUGCUAGUAACAGUAUUCCUCUGGACGGUGUCGAAUUUCCUCGCUAGCUCCAUAUUCUCCGACCACACCUACGAUAAACCGUUCUUCCUAGUCUACAUCAAUACCUCCAUCUUCGCGCUGUCGAUGAUCCCGAUAUCCAUAAAAUAUGUAAUACAAAACGGCGGCAUCUCCCGCGUCAAACACCAGGCGAUUCAGGAAUGGAGGGCGGCGAGAUACGGCGGGGCCGAGAGGCUGAAGGCGCAGGAGGAAGAGGACCUCACGGCGGGAGAGCGGUUAUUGGUGGAUGACGAGGGGAGCUUCGAAGCGGCGGACCUGCCGAAGCCGAGCGACAAGAUAGGGUUCUUCGAGACGGCACGGUUUAGCCUCGAGUUCUGCAUGAUCUGGUUCCUCGGAAACUACUUCGCCUCGGCGUGUCUGGAGUACACGAGCGUGGGCAGCGUGACGAUAUUGACGUCGACGAGCAGCGUGUGGACUCUUGUGUUCUGCGCCGCCAUGCGCAUCGAGGCCUUCUCCGUCCGCAAGCUGGCUGGCGUAAUGGCCUCGCUUGCUGGUAUCGUGCUCAUCUCGACCGUCGAUCUAUCCGGCGCGGAUAACGAUGAUAGUCGCGGGAACUUCCCGCAUAAGAGUCAGAAGCAGAUCGCUAUCGGGGACGCGAUGGCUUUCUUCAGCGCCGUCAUCUAUGGGUUGUACGUCGUCGUCAUGAAGAUCCGCAUCGGGAACGAGGAGAGAGUGAAUAUGCCGCUGUUCUUUGGGCUCGUGGGCAUUUUCAAUAUUUUGAUUCUGUGGCCGCUGUUUAUUAUCCUGCACUUUACGGGGAUCGAGCCGUUCGAGUUACCUCCGAAUGGCAAGAUUUGGUUGAUUAUUAUGAUGAACUCGAUAUCUUCCUUCGUCUCGGAUAUCUCGUGGGCUUAUGCCAUGCUGUUAACGACGCCUUUGGUUGUCACUGUCGGGUUAUCUCUAACUAUCCCGCUAUCUCUCAUCGGCGAGAUGAUACAAUAUGCGCAAUAUUCAAGUUUCGUAUAUUGGGUCGGGGCCGCCAUAGUGCUAGUCUCUUUCAUAUUUAUUAACCAUGAGAGUCACGACGACGAGGAUGGGUCGAAGGCUGGUUCGGAGAGAGGGGCUAGAGUAGUAGAGCCAUAGCUUUGUGUUCCUGAACUUUUUGGCUUCUUGGGUGGCACUAACGGGGGCCCGGCGUCUUGGUUGGAAUAAUUGGGGUUAAACCGGUCACUGGUUCGACUGGUGCAGCAUAUACAUAUAGAUACCAGAUAGAGCUUACAGCGUACUGGACUUUAAGGUAUCAUAGAAUGGGC